AUGGCCAGCGGUGAUGCGGUAAACUAUCCUAAGAAAAAGAGCACAGAACCCAUCUACAAUCAAGAUGGCUUUUCGGAAUAUGAUAUCCAAAGACCGUGCUCCAGCGCUUUUCGAACCGUAAAUGAACCGCACCCAAACCCCAUACCCUCCAAGUUCCGCAUCGACAAUGUUGUUCCGGACUUUGGACUCGAGGAGAAUUCUAACGUGCUUCCCAAAAACUGGCAAAUGCCACCUCCAAGUUCAUCAAGCAUUGUCAAGAGUCGACGAUGCCCCAAAGAAGGAAAAAUAUCUCCAAAUGUGCGUCAAACUGUUCCAAAACCUACCGUCGAUACAGAACCCUCACCGCUGACACCCAUCAAGGGGCCUUUGGUGGAUGAGUAUGAUACAGAUCUGUUGUCGUCAGAGGAUAUUUGGAAGCUCUGUAUGGAUGCGAAGAAGGGGCUUAUAAAGCCCUCGGAUGCUAUAUGGCCUUUGUUUUGCAUGGAGUAUUUGGAGCCUUCCAAAACUCCACCUCCGAGUUUAACGGAAUCUCAAAACUCCAAUGAAUUUCCUCCGAAAACAGUUCGAGUUGACAAAAACCGAUAUAAAAAGAAUUCUUUUGAAACUGGUUUUGAGAGGAAAGUCGGAAAAGAUGAGUGGCGGGUCUUGGAUCAGUGGAUAGAAUCGGAGGGGCUCAACGGAUCCUAUAAUGAUAUAGAAGAAUCGGAUUCAAAGGGAAAGGUCGAUAGUGACGCCAAGAAGCCUCGGAUUCUGGACAAUGAAGAUGUCGCCUUUGCUAGCUGCACCAUUGGAAUCGAAGAGCAGCGGGCACUCAAGGAAUGGAUAAAAUCGGAGGGCCUCAACGAACCCCACAGUGAUAUAGAAGAGUUUGAUAUGUUAUUAAGCCUAGCAAGAGAACAUGAGAAGAAUCGGGAUCUUCUGCUUGAGUUACUAAAGCCCAAGGAUCUUCUCUCCCAGGAAAGGGAUGUUUGGAAAAAGUUUUCUCCAAAGGUGUUCGAAACGCUGCAGGAACCUGAUUCAGUAGAGCCUAAAUUGCCCGAGGCUGAGGAAGCUACCCAGAGUUGGCUACAGCAAUGCAGUGAAAUCAUUUCCCAACAAGUGCAACUCCUCAUCUAUGAGGACGGUUCCAACAAUCCAACUGCUGCAGAACCAGAGGCCAUUGACUUCGAAACCGAGAUCAGCGAGGAGCAAAUGAAGCCCCGAGUUCUGGGAGAAAGCAACAGAAAUGUCUCAGCGGAGACUGGAUGGCAGAACAGCUUCACAGUUUUCCUCGAGGACUUCGAGUACAUCAUUGACCAAACCAUGACGGAGUUCAGGGACCCCCAAGCUAAGAGACUCCGCUCAAAGUGGAACCAGCAGUUUGGAUCAAAAUCGGUGGAGAAUUUGAGGAGAUGUCUUCUGCUUCCGCCUCUGCCAGAUCACUUGGACCAGUGCCUCCAGAGGAUUAGAAUCCUAAGGCGUCCCAAAAGGCGCAAGGUCGAGGAAUUUCGCAUGCACGUCGAUAUGAAUUUUUGCAAAAUGUAUUGCACACUGAGUAUGAAUACGAACUUGGAUCUGCAAAAUACGGUUAGGUUCCUAAGAAACGCCGUUUACAAAAACGACAUCGAUGUGAUCCAAAUCCGGUAUGAGGCCACACAGAUAGCUUGGAUUUGGUCCGAUGGCAGCAGCCUAAACAAUUAUAUCUUUAAGGAAUAG